AUGUCGUUUGGUAUACCACUUUCCCAGUUAAUAGUUGACAGUCCGAAGCCAUUAAGCAGCGGCAUCACUGGAUUAGAUGAGAUUCUAAAUCUCGGAUUCCAGGCAAGAUCGAUCUAUGAAAUAUUUGGGCCUCCGGGAAUUGGCAAAACUAAUUUUGGACUUCAGCUAGUAAGUAAACUGUUGGAAGCCAUGCAACAGUCGGAGGCAAAUGACGAUAGAAUUUUAUGGAUAGAAGCCUUCCAAGAUAUGCCUAUCAACAUACUAAGAGAACGCUUUCCCGAAUUUGAUAUCGUGAAGGAGAAUCUGAAACGUGUCCGAAUAACGAAAUUUGGGCAGCUGUUAUAUUUCUUCCAAAACUUGUUCAAGCUAUCUCAAAGUAUGAAGUACAAACUGAUCAUAAUUGAUGGCUUUUCUCAAUUAGUUUGCGACCAUUUGUGUACGCUCAGUAAGAGAAGUGGUGGAACGCUAGAUAAGACCAUACACGAGUUAAAAUGUCGACAUUUAAUAUUGAUUUUUACAGCCAUGACCAAAUAUACACAUUCCACUGGCUCAACAAUAAUACUUCUGAAUGACUGUAUGAAUACGGCGUUCCAAUCAAAUGAAUUUGAAUCUCUAGAAGAGGACUAUGAAGUCCUAGAGGAUGGUUCUAAUUUCUAUGUCAACUCCAACAGUGAAAGACGCAAGAACAAUGUACAUAUUCUGAAAAGCGCCUUGGUUGCCAACAUUGCAAUGGGAGGUAAAGACUCCACGUGGGAAGUAUUUCUGAGGGACAGAAUUGGUCUCUUCAGGGACUGGAACGAGCAAGUGGAUGAAACGAUAUUUGUGAAAAGCAAGAGGGUGAAGACUCCAUCUUCGCGAGACAAUGCGGGAUGUACCAUCAGAGAAAUGAGGAUAAACAAGCGGAAUUAUGAAACCUUUAGAAUAGCUAUUGUCUUCAAUUUACAUGGCGAAGACGGAAAGAGAGAUGGAGGAAGAUUGAAACGAACAAGAAAUAGCGUUUAUCGUCAUCGCAUCGUCAAAUUCGAUUUUGAUAAAGCAACGGGCGAGUUCCGCGAUAUAAUUGACCAAAACAUCAAUGCUGGCCUAAUUUCGACAUUGUCAACAAACAACAGCAGCUGCUUACAAGUGUUCGUCAAUAUGGACUCAGAUAAUAACCUUAUACCAAAUGCGGAGGGAAAAGAGGAGAUAAUUUAUGAUAGUGAAAGUUAG